GCGUAUCAGGAUAUACUUGUUUUGCAACUUUUAGUGCGGUCUUUACUCAAACAUCAUAUUUGUAUAAGAACAUAUACCGUUGAAUUUAACAGGUUAAAGUCAGUGCAGCUCCGUCGCUGAAAAUGGCAAACGUCGACCUCGCCCAAGUUGGAAAGAAUUUGUUGAAGAGUGGUGAAACUGGAGAGAAUGUGGAGCUGCAGUCUCUGUGGCAGGACCAGCCGGUGGUCUUGUUCUUCCUGCGCAGGUUUGGCUGUCAGGUGUGUCGGUGGACGGCGUCAGAGGUCAGCAAACUGGAGCCGGAGUUGAGAGCCAGUGGUGUAGCCCUGGUAGGCGUUGGACCAGAAGAGUUUGGGUUGAAGGAGUUUAAGGAAGGAGGGCUUUUCAAAGGAUCCCUUUAUGUUGAUGAACAAAAGAGAACCUACAAGGAUUUGGGCUUUAAAAGGUACACAGCCAUUAGUGUGGUUCCUGCUGCUAUGGGGAAGAGAGUGCGAGAAGCGGCUUCAAAGGCCAAAGCUGCUGGCAUCCAGGGAAACUUCUCAGGAGAUCUGCUCCAGAGUGGAGGCAUGCUCAUUGUAGCUAAAGGUGGAGAAAAGGUCCUGCUACACUUUGUCCAGGAUUCACCAGGAGAUUACGUACCACUGAAGGAUAUCGCCAAGGUGUUGGGUAUCGCAGCUGAAGUAAAAGAAGGACAAAGGCCAGUGUGCAAUGAUGACAUCUGUACUCGAUGAAGACUGAGCUGCCUAUCAGACACACCGGCAGGCUGACAUGGAAAUGAAAGAAGCCGAGUAACACCAAGUGAACUUGCUGAACAUGAAUGUCUGCCAAAAUUCUUAACUGCUUGAAAUUCCUUUUUGACGUUUUAAUAUUUUAUUAUUUUAUUAUAUAAUGGGAAAGCUUCAGUGACACUCCUUUAUAAGCUUUACCUUUUCAUUAAAAUACAUUUUAAAAUUACAUCAUGAUCACAACAAUUAUAAUUUUUAUUCAUUGUUUUUAUUUAUUUGCAUCUUUUGCAUCAGUCUAUAAUAGAAAAAAAUAUUUCUGUGUG